AGGAAGAGGAAGCCGGGAAGGGUCAAAAGCAAUACAAAAGCGAAGCCUCCCGUGCUCGCUGGCUUCUGCCCUGCUGGCUGCUGCUCCUCCGGCUACAGAGCGGGCGGCCUCGGCCGUGGCGGUUUGGGGUGGGCGCCGCCGAGGUGAGGGGGUCUUGCCUUCCGCUACGCUGGUGGCUCUACUGCUCCACUAUGGAUGGAGGGGAUGACGGCAACCUUGUGAUCAAAAAGAGGUUUGUGUCGGAGGCAGAACUAGACGAGCGGCGCAAGCGGAGGCAAGAGGAAUGGGAGAAGGUCCGGAAACCCGAGGAUCCGCAAGAAUGUCCGGAGGAGGUUUAUGACCCUCGGUCUCUCUACGAAAGGCUACAGGAGCAGAAAGACAGGAAGCAGCAGGAAUAUGAGGAGCAAUUCAAAUUCAAAAACAUGGUCAGAGGCUUGGAUGAAGAUGAGACCAACUUCCUUGAUGAGGUUUCUCGGCAGCAGGAGCUAAUAGAAAAACAACGGAGAGAAGAAGAACUGAAAGAACUGAAGGAGUACAGAAGUAAUCUCAGCAAAGUCGGCAUUGCUCCAGAAAACAAGAAGGAAGUGGAGAAGAAACCGGCCGCGAAACCCGUCGACACCAAGAACAAAUUCUCCCAGGCAAAGCUGUUGGCGGGCGCCGUGAAGCACAAGAGCUCAGAGAGCAGCAACUGUGUGAAAAGGCUGAAAUCAGACCCGGACCCAGAAGACAAGAACCAAGAGGCCACCCCCUGCGUGGCGCUGAGCAGCCCGUCCCUGAGCGGCCCCUCCAUCCACUGCCCGUCGGCAGCCGUCUGCAUCGGCAUCCUCCCGGGGCUGGGCGCCUAUUCGGGCAGCAGCGACUCCGAGUCCAGCUCCGACAGCGAGGGCACCAUCAACGCCACCGGCAAGAUCGUCUCCUCCAUCUUCCGCACCAACACCUUCCUGGAGGCCCCUUAGUCCCCGUGGGCCCGGACUGGUCAGCGGCCCACGGGCAUCGAUCCUUUCCCCCUUCCAACGGCUCCUUGGCCCGCUUCCCGUGAGCGCCGUGGCCUUUUAAC